GAAGCCGAGUCGGGACCGUAGCCCGGGACCCCGAGACCCCCAGCCCCGCCGGCCACCCCGCCCGCCAUGGACCCCAAGGACCGCAAGAAGAUCCAGUUCUCGGUGCCUGCGCCCCCCAGCCAGCUAGACCCCCGCCAGGUGGAGAUGAUCCGGCGCAGGAGGCCAACCCCUGCUAUGCUGUUCCGGCUCUCAGAGCACUCCUCGCCAGAGGAGGAGGCCUCCCCUCACCAGCAGAGAGCCUCAGGAGAGGGGCACCACCUCAAGUCGAAGAGACCCAACCCAUGUGCCUACACACCCCCCUCGCUGAAAGCCGUGCAGCGCAUUGCUGAGUCGCACCUGCAGUCCAUCAGCAACCUGGGCGAGAACCAGGCCUCCGAGGAGGAAGAUGAGCUGGGGGAGCUGCGGGAGCUGGGCUACCCAAGAGAGGAAGAUGAGGAGGAGGAGGAGGACGAUGAUGAAGAGGAGGAAGAGGAGGAGGACAGCCAGGCUGAAAUCCUGAAGAGUAGCAGGGGGCCUGCUGGGCAGAAGACAGCUUGUGGCCAGGGUCUGGAAGGACCCUGGGAGCGCCCACCCCCUCUGGAUGAGCCCCAGAGAGAUGGAAGCUCCAAGGAACAAGUGGAAGACCUGGCACUAAAUGAGCCUGGGGAGGAGCCACAGCGCUCCGCCCACCCUGAGCCUGGCACAUAGGCCACCGUCCUCGCAUCGCUCAGAAGGAAGUGGAGGGGGCAUUGCUGUUCCCCAGAAACCCGCUCUGUCCCCACCCUAUUCUGUAUCCUUCCCCCUCACUCGCUAGGGCUGUGGCUUCUGACUUCUAGAAGACUUAAGGCUGGUCUGUGUUUGCUUGUUUGCCCACCUUUGGCUGAUGCCCAGAGUCCCUGGGCACUUGCUGCCUGAUGCCUACCCCUGCCAGUCAUUCCCCCAUUUACCCAGAGGGAGGCGGGAUGUGAGAGAGUUUGCAGUGGAUAAUCCGGUAAGGGUUGGGGGCAAAGGUUUAUCCUUCACAAUUCUACUCCCCAGACCCUUCUCCUGGGCACAGAAAACCCACAGGGCAGGACCCUAAGAUCUGGGGAAAGAGGGUACUGAGAACCUGUAGGUGCCCUUAGACCCUUCUCCAUCCCCUCUCCUAUGGGGGAUUUCAAGUUACCACCCCUCUCUGUCUUCUACCAGGGCCCAGGAUUCAGGCAUCCUUCUCCUCAACCUCAUCAUUUUAGAAAUCUUCCCUUUAUCACCCCUGCUCCCCAGCCUGGGUGCCUGGAAGAUGGACUAGCAGAGGCUGCUUUGUUGCGUUUUGUUUGUGCUUUGAUGCCAGGAAUGCCGCCUAGUAUAUGUCCUUAGGGGGGCGCACGGUGGGGAAGCCAGGUUCUCCUUGUCCUCCAGCUGCUCUGCCCCCUUCCCCUCGUCCCUGACUCCAGGCCUGAACCACUUCUGUGCCGUAAUAAAUAAAUCUUUGUAAAUAA